AUGCGCGAAGGUUCCUACAUAGUGCGCGCCGAGCCGGUCCCUAAACGCAUCCUUAGAGUCGCAUCGCCGGAAUUUGCGCAAGGUGGGCGACGGAGAAGGAAGGGAGCUGAGAACGCGGCGGCGGAAGGGAAGGAGAGCGGCGAGACGUGGACAGAAGCGGAGGAGCAUGCCCUCGUCAUUCCCAAGGGCGUGGCGUUUUAUCACCGGGGAAAACACAGCGGCGGGCCCGGGGGAAGCGGAGGGGCGGGGACUAGACUAGCCGCGCCGAUCGAUAUCACACCAGCGAAGGGGGCGCGCGGAAAGCGAGGGGGGCAGGCGUCGGGGGGGACGAGCGACAGCGGCGCGGGAAAGUUUCCCGUGAUUACCCCCGGGGGCAAAAACUCGACGGGCAGCGGCGGCGGCGGCACCGGCGGUGGCGGGGGGAUACCGCCGAAGAAGAAGCGGGGCGGGCCGAACGGCGGAUGGACGCUCGGGAAGGAGCGGAGGGUUUCGUUAUCGUCCGCGCAGGAGAUGAAAUUCGGCAACGGUCAGUUCGGAAAGGGCGGGAAAGUGACGUACCAUGGCGGCCCGGUAAUGACCAAGUCGCCGAUUAAAGUGUACCUUAUUUUCUACGGCGACUGGGACGCGACGACGGUGCAGCUGUUUCACAAGUUUGUCGAAUCUAUAUCGGGGAAAUACAAGACGCCGGCCGACCGCUACAAUGUGACGCGGUGGUGGGAUCUGACGGCGGCCGGCACGCAGGCGGACGGCAAGCGCGUGAGCUCGAACGUGGCGCUUGGGAAGUCGGUUCUGGAUAGGAACUACGUGUCGGGCGGCGGGAAGGUUCUGCGCAACUACCAGAAGGACGUGGUAGCCAUCAUCAACUACCAUCUACGGAGCAAGCUCUUGCCAUUCGACACGGACGGCAUCUACAUGGUGAUGACGGAUCCGACGGUGGAGGUGAAGAGCAGCGAUCCCAGGGACGGAUUCUGCACGCGAUUCUGCGGCUACCACAGCUACGGCCAGGACGCGCUGGGGAAGGCCCUCAAGUUCGGAUUCGCGGGGCAUUCUGCUCGCUGCCCCUCGCAAUGCACCCGACCGCUCCCCUAG